AUGCCUGGUCGAACGCUACCGACCCUCACGAAAGCUGAGGUUGAGUCGCACAACAGCAAUAAGUCUUGCUACGUCACAAUCGGUACCAACGUUUACGAUGUGACUGACUUUGUCGAAUCCCACCCCGGUGGCCCCGACCUGAUUCUCGAUUACGCUGGAAAAGAUAUCACUGCGAUUCUUAAGGACGAAAUCUCCCAUACGCACUCGGAUUCAGCAUACGAGAUCUUGGAGGAGUAUCAGACCGCCUUUUUGGUGACGGAUAAACUCGCGCCCAACGGAGACGUACAGAAGAAGAUCGCCGACCCCCAGACCAAUGACCAACUCACCCCUUCUGUUCACCCGCGAACGGGUAUGUCCUGCGAGGAAGACCUAAGCAAGGACACAGACUACACCACAGACUACAAGCAACACAAGUUCCUUGACUUGAAUAAACCCCUCUUGAUGCAAGUAUGGUAUGGUGGCUUCAGCAAGAGGUUCUAUCUUGACCAGGUCCAUCGACCAAGACACUACAAGGGCGGCGCUUCCGCACCUUUGUUCGGAAAUUUCCUCGAGCCCCUCAGUCUGACCCCUUGGUGGGUUGUCCCUAUGAUUUGGCUUCCCGCGAUUGCCUAUGGCGUCCACCUGGCCUCUCAAGGAUACGACAGCAACCUAAGAUUAGCUACUAGCUUCGGCAGUGGUGUGCUCUUGUGGACUCUUAUAGAAUAUGUUUUGCACCGAUGUCUUUUCCAUCUCGACGAAUAUCUACCGGAUAACAGAGUCGGAAUCACGUUACACUUUCUACUUCAUGGCGUACAUCACUACCUCCCGAUGGACAAGUACCGUCUAGUGAUGCCCCCGACGCUCUUUGUGGUUCUUGCAACCCCCUUCUGGAAGCUUGCACACUCAAUAUUCUUCUGGGACUGGCAUCUUGCCACAGCCGUAUACUGCGGCGGUAUCUUCGGAUAUGUCUGCUACGAUCUGACUCACUACUUCCUACACCACCAAAAUCUCCCUCUCUGGUACAAGGACCUCAAGAAGUAUCACCUUGCUCAUCACUUCCUAGAUUAUGAACUGGGCUUCGGCGUAACUAGCCGAUUCUGGGAUCAGGUGUUCGGUACCGAGCUAGUCACUGUGGUUAAGACGGCCUAG